AUGCCGCGGCCCGGCAGGAACACGUACAGCGACCAGAAGCCGCCCUACUCCUACAUCUCCCUGACGGCCAUGGCGAUCCAGAGCAGCCCGGAGAAGAUGCUGCCGCUCAGCGACAUCUACCGCUUCAUCACGGAGCGCUUCCCGUUCUACCGGGAGAACGCGCCGCGCUGGCAGAACUCUCUGCGCCACAACCUGUCCUUCAACGACUGCUUCAUCAAGAUCCCGCGCCGCCCCGACCAGCCCGGCAAGGGCAGCUUCUGGGCGCUGCACCCCGCCUGCGGAGACAUGUUCGAGAACGGCAGCUUCCUGCGGCGCCGGAAGCGCUUCAAGGUCGGGGGCGCGGCCCCGCCGCCGGCCGCCCCGCUGGGCCCCGGGGGGCCGCCGCCGCCGCCGCCGCACUACCUGCAGCAGCAGCAGGCCAAGCUGCGGAUCAGCGCGCUGCACGCCGCCGCGCACCUGCCCGUGCCCGUGCCCGUGCCCGCCGGGUACGGCCUGGGCGCCGUCACGCAGCCGUCCGGGUUCAAGCACCCGUUCGCCAUCGAGAACAUCAUCGCGCGGGAGUACAAGGUUCCCGGCGGGCUCGCGGCCUUCCCGGGGCCGGGGUACGCGCUGCCCGGCCAGCUGGGCCCCGCGUGGCCGCACGUGUACGCGCACACCGGGCUGCUGGAGCCGGACUACGCGGCCUACGGCGCGCCGCUCAAGCCGCUGUGCGCCGGGCAGACGCUGCCCGCCGUGCCCGUGCCCAUCAAGCCCGCCGUGCCCGCGCUGCACGCGCCGCACGCGCCGCACGCCUUCCUGGCCGCCGGCUCGCCGCGGCCCCGCAGCCCCGCGUCCCCGCAGACCGGCAGCCCCGCCGCGCCCGGGGAGCCGCUGCAGUCCACCGUGCCGGUGCACUGA